UAUUAUAAUAAAUAAGCGUAAAUUUCUUGAAAAAAAAGAAAAAUAAAUAAAUGUCACAUCAUCGCACUCUUGUUUCAAUUUAGUUGUCUAUACGUGCACAAAAAUAAAUGGUAUGUUUAAAAUAACGCGCAAACGAAUUUGCGAAGUAAUCCCACCCCAGCACUCCUUCAAACAUUUCAAAACUCUCAUCCAAACCUUCACACACACAACACGCACCAAAAUCACACAUAUCCACGCUCCACGCUCCACGCUCCACGCUCUGUCUCUCGUUCUCUCUCUAAAAUGGUGCCUCCUCCGGCAGGAUCAUCACCAACAUCAUCUCCGAACGCCCAGCAGUUCCUUAGCAGCGUCCUCUCACAGCGAGGUCCCUCGGCCCUCCCCUAUGCGGAAGACGUGAAGUGGCUGAUCCGCCAACACCUCCUCGCUCUCUCCGACGCCUUCCCCAGCCUCCAACCCAAGACCUCCACCUUCACCCACAACGAUGGCCGCACCGUCAACCUCCUCCAGGCCGACGGCACUGUUCCCAUGCUCUUCCAGAGCGUCACCUACAACAUCCCCGUCGUCAUCUGGCUCAUGGAGUCCUACCCUCGCCACAAACCCGUCGUCUUCGUCAACCCCACUCAAGACAUGAUCAUCAAACGCCCACACCAGUAUGUUAACCCCUCAGGCAUGGUCUCCAUUCCUUACCUUCACAAUUGGCUCUAUCCCAGCUCCAAUCUCGUCGAUUUGGCUCGCAAUUUGAGCCACUUCUUCGGCCGUGAUCCCCCGCUCUAUUCCCAGAGAAGACCCAAUCCAAACCCCAACCCUAACCCUAACCCCAAUCUUAAUUUUCCUUCCCCCAAUACCCAAUCAAUUGUUUCCUCCAAUUCCUCACGACCCGCGAUCCCACCGCCCAGAGGUUACCUGCAGUCACCGCCUCCUUAUGGGAGCAGUGGGAGGAUUCCGUCACCGGGGUUGCAGAGGCCGCCUCCACCAGUGGCAACGGAGGAUCCGUCCGAGGUGUUUAAGCGGAAUGCCAUGAGUAAGCUUGUGGAGAGCUUGCAUACUGAUAUUGGGGCUUUGAGGAAGACGAGAGAGGCUGAGAUGGAGGGGUUGUUCAAUGCGCAGGCGGUGUUGAGGCAGAGGGAGGAGCAACUCUCGAAAGGGUUGAGACAUAUGCAGGAUGAGAAGGAGGGGUUGGAGCAACAAUUGCAGAUGGUUUUGAUGAAUUCUGAUAUUAUGGAAGAGUGGUUGAGAGGGAAUGAGGGGAAGCUGGCCAUGAUGGGGAAUGUAGAUGUUGAUGAUGCUUUCGAGCCGUGUGAUGCUCUAUCGAAGCAGAUGAUAGACUGUACAGCAUCCGAUUUGGCCAUAGAGGAUGUGAUAUAUUCUUUGGAUAAGGCAGUUCAAGAAGGGUCAAUACCUCUUGAUCAGUACUUGAGGAAUGUGAGGUUGUUGUCCCGUGAUCAGUUUUUUCAUCGUGCCAUGUCUACAAAAGUUAGGGCUGCGCAGAUGCAGGCUCAGGUUACUAGUAUGGCUGCUAGGGCACCACAAUACGCCAUUUGAAAAUUCAUCUCUUUGUAUAUUGUGAUGGCAUUGCACUCGGUUUCUGGGAAUGUGAGUGGGUUGUGGUAGAUUGUGAUGGCAGCAAGACACUUUAAAGGAUAAUAGAGUAUAAGGUUGGUCUCUUGUGAAAAUCUCAGUGUUAUUAUUUUCUCACUUUCUUUUGUUAUGCAUUUUAGAUUCUUCGUUAUUGAUUUGUAUUGAUAGGAAAGCAUAAGAACACAUAAUUUUGUUAUACAAUAAUUGAUGUGCAAAACUUAUCUUUUUGAUUAUAUUAAUUCACUUGAUUUUGAGAAA